AUGAAUGCUUUUUCGCAUCAAAUUGACCGAUAUCGCAUCAAAGCAAAUCAUGUUGUCUCUAAAGUGCAUAAUGCUGGGCUUUGGGCUAAAAUUCUGCUAAGUAGAAUCGCUACUAAUGGGCUGGAGCAUAGAGAAGAUUUUUGGUUUCAUUUGCUCAUAAAACUUGGCUAUAAACAACUCAGCCUUCACAUCAAUUCCCUCUUCUUCUUCUUCCUUUUCUACUCCAUUCUCCGAACUCUCGACUACAAAACUCGAGUCCUUCGCAUUAUAGCAAUCUUCUCCCGCAUCAUAAUCAUCAUAACCCUCUCCAUCAUCACCAAACUCGAAAUCAUAGUCGAAAUCCACGACAUGCGGCUCGAUGCACGGAAUUUUCGGCAACUUAAACCGCAUGGACAAUGGCCUCCGGCUCAUCCUCACGUGUACAACGGGUGUCUCAUCGAACGACAACUCGCGUUCCCCAUAAAUGAGGGCCCCACCACGUGGCGUCUGACUCGAGUAUCGGAGUUUUCUUAG